CCUGCAAAGAAAGCGGAGGACCAAUGGCUUCGCUUCCGAGCACGGUCCUCAAGGCGGCGCUCGACAACCCCCGCACCAUCGCCACGAAGCCCCGCGCCGAGCAGCUCCACGCCCAGAUCGUCAAGCGCAAGGGACUCUCCUCCACCUCCCUCUCCUUCAUCCUCUCCGUCUACGCCGACCUCAACCUCCUCCGCGAGUCCCUCCGCGCCUUCGCCGCCCUCCCCGCCUCCCCCCCGCCGCCCUCCGCCGCCUGGAAGUCCAUCAUCCGGUGCUACGCGUCCCACGGCCUGUUCGCCGAGUCCCUGGCUUCUUUCGCCAGGAUGCGCGCUCUGGGGAAGUGCCCGGAUCACAACGUGUUCCCUUCGGUGCUGAAGUCGUGCGCCUCCUUGAUGGACCCGAGGCUGGGCGAGUCGGUCCACGGGUGCGUCGUGCGGCUCGGCGUCGACUGUGACCUGUACACGGGCAAUGCGCUCAUGAACAUGUACGCCAAGUUCCGGAGCCUGGGUGGGAAUGUUGGGACCGGAGGUCUUGCGCAUGAAGUGCUCGACGAAAUGCCGCAACGGGGGAACCGUGAUCGCGAGAGCUGUUUGAAUUCUGGACCCGGGAUGUGUCGGUUGAGCGCAUCGGGACAAAAUGGAAUCGGUUCGGCGGGAAGCAGGAGGGAAGCGUGUUGUCGGAGGGAUAGCGUGAGGAAAGUGUUUGAUAUGAUGCCGAAGAGGGAUGUUGUUUCCUGGAAUACUGUCAUUGCCGGGAAUGUGCAGGAUGGAAUGUAUGAAGAAGCUCUGGCGAUGGUUAGGGAGAUGGGGAAUGCUGAUUUGAGACCCGACUCCUUUACUCUGUCCAGUGUUCUUCCGAUAUUCGCGGAGCAUGUAGAUGUUGGUAAAGGAAAGGAGAUUCAUGGAUAUGCUGUGAGGCACGGGUUCGAUUCGAACUUGUUUAUCGGUAGUAGCUUGAUAGACAUGUAUGCAAAGUGUGCUCGUGUCGCAGAUUCGUAUCGUGUAUUCCACAUGUUGCCUCAGCGUGAUGGCAUUUCUUGGAAUUCCAUUGUCGCGGCCUGCUCGCAGAAUGGCAUGUUUGAUGAAGGUCUCAAAUUCUUCCGCUUAAUGCUGAAGGACGAUGUGACGCCUGGUCCUAUAUCCUUUUCGAGUAUCAUUCCUGCGUGCUCUCACUUGACCUCAUUACAUCUGGGAAAGCAGCUCCAUGGAUAUAUCAUGAGAGCCCGAUUUGAUGAUAAUGUGUACAUAGCCAGCUCUCUUGUCGACAUGUAUGCCAAAUGUGGGAAAAUUGAGAAGGCUAAGUGGAUUUUCAGUAAUAUGGAGCUGCACGACAUCGUUUCAUGGACUGCCAUAGUAAUGGGGUGUGCUUUACAUGGGCACGCACUUGAUGCCAUCUCAUUGUUUGAGAAGAUGCAAAUGGAGGGAGUGAAACCUACCUAUGUAUCAUUUAUUGCUGUAUUGACAGCUUGUAGUCAUGCAGGUCUUGUGGACGAAGCAUGGAAGUACUUUAACCGUAUGACUCAAGACUUUAAAAUUAAUCCAGGGUUAGAACAUUAUGCUGCCAUCGCUGACCUUCUUGGUCGAGCAGGUCGGUUGGAAGAAGCUUAUGAUUUUAUCUGCAGUAUGCCUUCAGAACCACCAAGCAGCUUAUGGUCCCCUUUAAUGACUGCCUGUAGAGUCCACAAAAAUGUUGAGUUAGCUGAAAAGGUUGCUGAGAGAAUUCUUCGAGUUGAUCCUGAGAGUAUUGGAGCUUAUGUUCAGAUGUCAAAUAUAUAUUCCGCUGCCCAGAGAUGGAAAGACGCCGCGAGGUGGAAACUUUCUAUGAAGGAAAGGGGCUUCAGAAAGAAACCGGCUUGCAGCUGGAUUGAAGUGAGGAACAGAGUCCAUGCCUUCUUGUCAGGAGACACAUCUCAUCCCUACUAUAACAAAAUAAAUGAAGCCCUUGAAGUUCUUUUAGAGCAAAUGGAAAAGGAUGGGUAUAAGCCCAAUACAAGUGAAGUGCUACAUGAUGUUGAGGAGGAGCAGAAAAAACAACUGUUGCAACACCACAGUGAAAGGCUGGCCAUUGCUUUCGGCAUCAUAAGCACUCCUCCCGGGACAGAAAUCAGAAUCAUAAAGAAUAUAAGAGUGUGUACCGACUGCCACGAAGCUAUCAAGUUUAUAUCAAAGAUAGUCGGGAGAGAAUUAAUUGUGAGGGAUAACAGCCGCUUUCACCAUUUCAAGGAUGGAAAGUGCUCUUGUGGUGAUUAUUGGUGACAUGGUGAUACAAGAUCAAAUCUAGCGAGCAGUAUUAUCAUAGACAUAUUCAACAACGAAUGGAUUAGACUGGGCAAGCAAGACGGUGAAAUGUGGUUUUGCUGUGAGAUUAGAUGCCAGUGGAUGACGAGUUUUUAAAUCUAGUCAGAGAGAAGCUGCAUCAAGUAAUUAAAUGAUGCCCGGAAAUUGCGAAAUGUCUAGUCGAUCAUCUGAUUUUGCAUAGACAGACCGAAAAGGGUUGCUAGAAGGAGCAGUUCCAUUCCUGAUCAGUCUGCUCUUACAUUACCGCAAACAAGAUUUAAGACUACCAGAUUGAGUACCGUCAGUGUGACUCAGUUGGAAUAGGCUAAUUCGUUCAGUUCAAUUGUUGCCUGAAGAAAUAUAAGAGAACACCAGUGUGACGCUGGAGACAAAGGUAUCCACAUCCAGGAUAAGGAGACUCUCAGAGCCUAAAAUGGCCAGUUGCCGCCGUAUUUCUUCAGUGAAGCCUCGAAACCCAGAAUCAAUGGGAUGAAAUGUUUCCAAGUGAACUGAUAGGAAAAAAAGAAUAUCUGCGAACUUCAAGAACCAGGGCUGCCACUCUUCCCUAAUUCAAAAUCAGAACAUCUAAUGAACUGAGAAUUAUGAAAGCAAAUCAGCCCCAAGAGAAGUAUUACAGACAAUGAAUUAAGAAUUAAUCAGUGACCUCUACCGGUGCUGAACUAAACAAUGGCGAUGAUUGGCUUUCCCAUCAGAGUGACAGGGAUGACGUCCCCAUUAUUGGGAACACCGUUGUUAUGGUGGAAUCUGAGAAGCCUGCCACUGCCCUGUUGCAAGCCUCACAAGAAAAUGUUCAGGCGCUUAAAGAAGACGGUGAUGGUGUUAGAACAGGAGAGAUGCCAGACAAGGCAAAAUGGUUGCUGUACAUAAACCGUUUGAGCUAGCUGACAGCAAUGGACAUAAUCAGAUCAGAAGAAGCAUAUGUACAGGAUCAAAUGGGUAACGGCAAGGCAAAGUAUUUGGUGGACAAUUUUGGAAUUUCUAUAACUUGGCUGUAGAUGGUGAUGACACUCUUGUCAAGUUGAGGAAAGUGAAGGUGAUGGAUCACUCUCUCCUCUUGUAUAUCUACUCUACCAAUGCACUAGUUUUAAGAUCUGCUGUUCCAAGAAACUUAUUAAAACAUCUUUUAGCCUCCGUUCAACUUUUAUAUAUAUUGAUCAGUUUGAGCAGAACACCUUCGUCCUGCUUAGAAUGUCUAAUCUGCACAAAAAAAAUAAAUUUGUUG